UCAAAUUCCGUCGGCUGGGACAAUGACUUCAUCUGCCAUUGUAGGAUCCUUGCAAGAACCAGCAAACCCAGAUGAUUUCAAGGCCAUUUCUCUGCAAAUUUCAUCAUCCCGGAAGGCACUGCUAGCUGAAGAAAAAGUAGAAGAAACCAUUCCAGUGUCAGAAUAUAAUGGGAUCGGAAAAAUCCGCAGAGAGUGGAUUAACAACCCUAUGAACAUAAUCCUCGUGUUAUGGGUAAUUUGUGUGGCAAUCUCAGGAGGAAUUCUGUUUCUUGUAAUCACAGGAAUGUUAGAUAGAGUCCUAACCAAGAAGUCCCAAAAAGACUUGUGGUUUGAGGUCAAUAAUCAAAUCCUUAACGCUCUUUUCACUCUCAUGUGCCUAUACCAGCACCCAAAGAGGUUCCACCACCUAUUUCUCCUUUGUAGGUGGAAACCCACAGACAUUUCUAUCCUCAGAAAAGCAUAUUCCAAGAAUGGAACUUACAAGCCUAACGAAAGGGCCCACAUGAUGGCCGUGGUGGUGUUACUUCAUGUGAAUUGCUUUGCUCAGUAUGCUUUAUGUGGCCUUAACUUGGGUUAUAAAAGAUCAGAAAGACCUAAUGUUGGUGUUGCCAUUUGCCUCUCCAUUGCCAUUGCUGCUCCAGCAAUAGCAGGCCUUUAUGCCAUUUUUGGCCCUCUGGGGAAGGAGCAUGAAGAGGCUCAGAACUAUAAUUCGGCCAACAAUGGCAUUAGCUUAUCAGAGAAAAGAUUGUCAUCUACAUCAAGAAAUGAGGAGACUGGUGGAUUUGUCCAACCUGCACUGUCUUCAUUGCCUCGUGAAGACAAAGCUACUCAGUUCAGAACAAUGUAGACUUAUCCAAUGUGGAGUAGUCCUAGGUUGUGCAAGAUCUGACAUGGUGGACCAAAAGAUUUGGAGGUUUCUAGAGGAACAAACCAUUGUGCUGUGGAAGCUCGCAUCCCAAAGCACAUAUAAUGUGGUGCAGAUGAAUCUAUUGCGGUGUAUUAAUUAUAUAUGGUGAGGUGUCAUCAAUGGAUUCGAAACUAUUGUGCAUUUCCUGCAGCAGUUUCUUGUUUAAUUCUU